CAGUAUCAACAAUCAAGACUUGGAGUCAUCCCAAGUCUUCGACAACGUCUCUGGGAGGGAUCUAAAAGGGCCUUGUGGUUUUACAGACGCAAAUCUUCGUCUUUGAGCUUCCUUCUCAUAGAAUUCAAGUUGAUACGAGUUAGAGAAGUCGUGGUCGCGACUUGGUUUGGUUUUCUAUCUUUGACUUGCUUGGUGUUAGUUUUUCUUUGAAGAUUUUCAUAGCUGAAGGCUUGUCGCUGAGUUCUAUAAAGAAACAAAAGGCCAGAAGCUCGACAAAUCAGACCAUCACUCCCAAAGACGUUAGGCGUGCAUCUGAAGACUAACCAACAGCGUUGAGAAUAGAAUUGUGAACAUCUGUUUGACAAAUUCAUUUCGGACACCUUAUUACAUCUUACUUGGUCCUUCGACAAGCGUGCAAUAACUUAGAUUCAAGAAAUGAUGUUUAGGCUUGUAUUAAGCUUCGUAUUUCUGGCCAAAACCUUAUCUCAGUUCAAUCCCCGCGGUACCACGCAGCCGAAACAGUACAAUAUACUUAAAGGGCCUAAUGUUUGUGGUGCGGCGCAAGGACCGCGUUGUUGUCCUGGCUGGCAACAGAGAACAUCAGUAGGAUUAUGCAUUGUUCCGAUUUGUCGGUUUGGAUGUGGUUCAGGAGGAUGUUCUGGACCGAACAGAUGUCGUUGUCCCGAUGGUUCCUUUUUACCUCGAUGUCGGGGAAAAAUAGGUGCGAGUUCUUGUACUAUUUUAUGUUUUAACGGUGCUCAAUGUAAGAAUAAUGUGUGUACGUGCAAACCUGGAUUCACUGGAAAAUUCUGUGAAACUCCCAUUUGUACACAGCCUUGCGUGAAUGGCGGUCGAUGUGUCGGCCCAAACAGGUGCGCAUGUCCGUAUGGCUUCACUGGAAACCAAUGCCAAGCAGACUACAGGACUGGACCUUGCUAUACAGUGAUUAAGAACAAGAUGUGCCAUAACCAACUUAUUGGUAUCGUUUGCACACGUAACCUGUGUUGCGCAACAGUUGGAAAAGCCUGGGGGAACCCUUGUGAAAGAUGUAAAGCUAAGCCAGAACCAUGUGAACGAGGAUUUCUGCCUAACUUCAGAAGCAAGGCAUGCCAAGACAUCGACGAGUGUAAGGCAAUACCAAAUAUCUGUGGCAAAGGCAAAUGUACCAACACGGUUGGCAGCUAUAAAUGCGUCUGUGAGAGUGGCAAGGUUCUGGACCCAGUGUCCAAGAAGUGUAUCGAUAUUAACGAGUGUGAAACAGUCCCGAACAUUUGCGCCAAUGGUAGAUGCAUAAAUACGGAUGGCGGUUAUGAAUGUAAUUGUAGCAGGGGAUACGUGGCAAGCACGGACAAGAUGUACUGCAUAGAUGCAACGCCUGGUUACUGUUUUGAGGACAUCAUCAACGGCUACUGCUUCAAAGGCUUGAGGGCAACUACAACCAAGGCAGGAUGCUGCUGUUCAAUGAUGAAAGCAAAGGGUUGGGGAACGAACUGUGAACGAUGCCCUGCUAAAGGAACAAGUGUAUAUAACAAGCUCUGUGGAAUGGACCUGCCAACAACAGCCAUGCCACCACCGGUGAACGAGUGUGCAACGAUGACCGGUCUUUGUCCAAACGGAAGAUGUGAAGAUAUGCCUCAUGGAUACAGAUGUGUUUGUAACACUGGCUAUGUUUAUAGAAACGGUACAUGUGUUGACAGGAAUGAGUGUGUCGAGAAUCCUUCACUUUGCCCAAACAGCCGCUGCGUGAAUACUGAAGGCUCAUUCCGAUGCACUUGCAACAAGGGGUACAAGCCCGGACCCGAUGGACGAGGAUGUGUAGAUGUGAAUGAAUGUGUUGAGCAAAACGUCUGCGAAAAUGGACGAUGUACAAAUACUAUUGGUAGCUUCAGAUGUACUUGUAACACUGGUUACACACUUUCGUUAGACAAAAGUCGGUGUGAUGAUAUGAAUGAGUGUCUUAAGCCAAAUGUCUGUCGUAACGGAAGAUGUGUAAAUGUCGGUGGAGCAUUCCGAUGCAUAUGUAAAACUGGAUACGAGUUAAGUGAAGACAACCGCAACUGUGUUGAUACCAACGAGUGUAAGAGUCAAGGGCAGAUGUGCCGUAAUGGCGUCUGUGAGAACACUCCUGGAAGCUAUCGUUGUGUCUGUAACAGUGGAUUUGCGUCUACCUCGGAGGAAAACAGAUGUGAAGAUAUCAACGAGUGUAUAUCGGUGCAAAACGUGUGUUUGAAUGGAAGAUGCGUCAACUCCCCCGGAAACUACCGAUGCGUCUGUGACGCUGGUUAUGCUGUAAGUGCAGAUGGGCACAGAUGUGUAGAUAUUCGUAGGGCUCAAUGUUUCUCGAAGAUCUUAAAUGGCCAAUGUUCAGAGCCACUGUUGAAUCUAUUGACAGUCUCUCAAUGUUGCUGCGGUAUGGAUAAUGGGGGUCAGAGGGGGUGGGACACGCCCUGUUCCCCUUGUCCUCGAAAAGGAACAGCCGAAUACAAGCGAGUUUGCUGUAAAGGGCCUGGAAUGGCAUGUGACGGUACAGAUAUUGAUGAAUGCCAGAACACCGCAGGAAUGAAGAUAGGAAUAUGUGAGAAUGGAAAUUGUCGCAACACCAAUGGAGACUUCGUCUGUGACUGUAAGACCGGUUAUCGAAGUGAUUCGACUCGAAAGCGUUGUAUCGAAAUUGACGAGUGCUUGGAGAAUCCUCAGCUUUGUAAAGGAGGAACGUGUAAGAAUCUCCCCGGAACAUACCAGUGUGUCUGUCCAACUGGAUUCAGCUUCAGCUCCGCAACACAGAUGUGCGAAGACAUUGACGAAUGCGCAGUCAAAGACCAGUGCGUCUAUGGAACGUGUAUCAACUCAAGAGGCAGCUUCUUGUGUGAAUGCCCACGUGGACUAACCCUAGAUGCAACCAAACGAAUUUGUCAAGAUCGUCGAACUGCCCAAUGCUGGACAAAGAUUGUGCUUGAUAAAUGUGAAGAACCCAUCAAUGGUGCUGUUACCAGGGAAGUGUGUUGUCAGUCGGCUCUUGGUAAAGGAUGGGGAAGCCCCUGCCAAAAGUGUCCGACUUUGAGACAAAAGUGUGAUCCUGGUUAUGCCGUCCAGAAUGAACCAAGAUGUACAGAUGUCGAUGAAUGUUCGGUAUUCCCUGGGUUGUGUCGCAACGGCAUCUGCAGAAACACACCCGGAAGCUACCGAUGCGAAUGUUCACCAGGGCUAACAUUAGAUCUUACAAGGAAUGUAUGUGUUGAUCUUCGUAAGGACACUUGUUAUAUGUCAGUCUCAAGCGCCGGGUGUGGAAAAGCGUUCCGUGGAAGUUACAGAAAAGAYGAUUGUUGUUGUUCAUCCGUCAAGGCUGCUGGAUGGGGAAACCCUUGUCAAGAGUGCCCAUUACAGAACACUGAUGAAUUCAAAAGGCUGUGCGGUACUGAUAAACCAGGAUUUAAGCUCAUCGGACCGAGAAUCUCGGAUAUUAACGAAUGCAGCAUGAUGGAAGAACUGUGCCUUAAUGGAAGGUGUGUCAACAAACAAGGAACAUUCCAGUGUGAGUGUAACCAAGGAUACGGUAUCAGCGCUGAUGGACGAUUGUGCGAAGAUAUCGAUGAGUGUAUUAUUUCUGCUGGUCUGUGUGGUAACGGCACAUGUACYAACACUCCUGGUGCAUUCCGCUGCGACUGUUACCGAGGGUUCCGSAACGCACCAAUGAUGAUGGAGGUCUGCAUAGAUAUUAAUGAAUGUGAGCAGAGCCCUUGUUCAGAUGGAAGRUGUGUGAACACUAUUGGUAGUUACAAGUGUGUCUGCCCUGAUGGAAUGGAACUCAUGAARGAUGGAGUCAGUUGUGAAGAUAAAAAUGAGUGCUCUGAUCCUAAUGUGUGUAUCCAUGGGCGAUGCCAGAAUUUCAACGGUGGUUAUCAGUGCAUCUGUAACAUUGGGUUCGAGCCGACAGCCAACAUGAAGGACUGUGUGGAUAUUGACGAGUGUUUGGUCGAGAACGGUCGAUGUGCUGAAGUUUGUAACAAUACUGUCGGUAGCUACACCUGUGCAUGUAAUGCUGGAUUUACUUUACAGCCUGAUGGGAGAACGUGUGAAGAUCUCAACGAAUGCAGGGAGAACCCAGACAUCUGUGGCAAAGGGAACAARUGCACGAAUAUAGUAGGAGGUUACUUUUGUACAUGUAACCCCGGGUACUCGGCGUCCGUCGAUAGAAGAUCAUGUAUUGAUGUGGAUGAGUGUCAAGAAGAUCCCAGACUUUGUACAAACGGCGUUUGCAGAAAUACUCCAGGGUCCUUCAAAUGCCUCUGCGGCAAAGGAUAUGAAAUAGCUAAGGGAACUACAGUAUGCGUGGAUAUUGAUGAAUGUAAGAGGAAUCAAUCUCAGUGCCAUGAGAAUGCUUAUUGUUCAAACGAGGUUGGCUCGUUCCGAUGUGAAUGUAAACCUGGUUUUGUUGGUGAUGGAUUAACGUGCACAGAUGUGGAUGAAUGUAACGACGGAACUGCCAAGUGUAGCAUCCAUGGGACAUGCGUUAAUACUCCGGGAUCCUAUCAGUGCGUUUGUGAAACUGGGUAUACCGGAGAUGGUACCGAAUGUAACGAUAUCAACGAGUGCCUCAACCAGCCCGAGCUAUGUGAACAUGGUCAGUGUGUUAACAARCCAGGGUCAUACAUGUGUGACUGCGAGCUUGGRUACCUCCCAGCACCAGACAAGAUGAGCUGCCAAGAUAUUGACGAAUGCAAAGAAUUCAAAGACCUUUGUGCGCAUGGACGUUGCGAAAACCUGCCGGGAAUGUUCCGGUGUAUCUGUGACCGAGGCUUUCAACUUACGAGAUUGGGCAGCAACUGCACUGAUAUCGACGAAUGCUCGCUUACUGGCAUGUGCCCGAAUGGGAGGUGUGUUAACAGGAUGGGGAGCUACACUUGUGAAUGUGAUGAAGACUUUGUGAUUAACCGUGAUGGUACAGGAUGUAUCGACAUGCGUAAGGGAUUGUGCUUCUUACAAACAAGAGGCAACAACACGUGUCUGAACCCACUCCGAGCUGUUUAUCGUGGUAUCUGUUGUUGUACAGUAGGGAAGGCAUGGAAUGGCUGCGACUACUGUCCWCGACCAGGAACAAAGGAAUAUAGGAAAAUAUGUCCCGGAGGACAUGGAUUUGUGCCUAACCCUAACACUCUCGUUAUUAUUGAUGUGGACGAAUGUCAAGAACUUCCUAAUGUCUGUAGUGAAGGUCGUUGUCUUAACACGAUUGGAAGCUUCCAGUGCACUUGUUCUAAUGGUCUGAGGCAUGAUAUCACCACGGGAAGAUGUGUUGAUAUCGACGAGUGUACCGAAUACCARUACAUAUGUGGUUUGGAUGGAAGAUGUAUCAACACGCCUGGUAGUUACAGGUGUGAAUGUCCACCUGGUCAAGUACUGGAUCCUGUUGAUGGAUUCUGUGUAGAUCUCGGCCGCCAUUUGUGCUACCACGAURAACAAAUCGGUGUCAAUCCUAUUUGUAAGAGCAGUUUUUCUGUUAACAUUACUCGAAGGGAUUGCUGUUGUACAAUUGGCAAAGCGUACCUUAUCAAGACGUGCGAGCGGUGUCCAACCAAAGGAUCGCCUGCUUAUUCAGUCUUAUGUCUGCGCAAGGUUCCCCCUCCCAUCACUAAAAUUGCACCUCAAGUUCCACCCACUACAAAACCAGCAGGGCCAGUGGUUGUWCGCACCGACUUUGUCACACUAUCACCAUCCGGUACUGUAUACACUGAUGAAGCUGUUACUGGACCAAGAACGGUUGCACCAACUACCCCGUUUAUUGGAAUAGUGACAAACGAGUGCAAGCUUAUCCCUGAGCUGUGUUUGUAUGGGAGAUGUAUUGAUCUUGUUGAAGGAUAUCGAUGUGAAUGUCCUCUAGGAUACAAAGUCAAUGACAAGGGUAUCACGUGUGAAGAUGUCGAUGAGUGCAAGAUGAACCCAUGUAUGAACGGUGUUUGCAAGAACACGUUUGGCAGUUUCGUGUGCGUCUGUCCUGAAGGCUUUACUCUGGACAUAACGGGCUUGAUUUGCGAAGACAUGGAUGAGUGUGGUACUCCUGGAUACUGUGAAAACGGGAGGUGUAAAAACAUGAAUGGUAGCUUCAUCUGCGAUUGUAACAAGGGAUUCCAAUUGACACCAAACAAACGAACCUGUGUUGAUCUAAACGAGUGUGUCGCUGGRAAAGAUAUCUGUGGCAACGGUACCUGUAUCAAUACUAAAGGCUCGUACCAGUGUCAGUGUCAUGAAGGAUUCAAGCUCGAUGGCGGGGAAUUCUGCCGAGAUAUUGAUGAGUGUAUAACAGCUGAAGAUAUUUGUAACAAUGGGCUUUGCUUCAACAUUGAGGGGUCCUUCCGAUGUCAAUGUAACAUUGGAUACAAGCUCUCGUUUGAUCAAAGAAACUGCGUUGACAUCAAUGAAUGUACCGAGAUACCAAACUACUGCAAAAAUGGAAGAUGCACCAAUACCAUCGGUGGUGCCCGAUGCGAGUGUCUCGCGGGAUACUCGCUCAGCCYUGACGGCAGACAAUGUGUGGAUCUGAACGAAUGUGACACGAAUCCAAACUACUGUUUCCCAGGAGGUAUUUGUGCUAACACACCGGGUAGUUAUCGUUGCGCUUGUAAUCAAGGUUAUGUUUCUAGCGAGGACGGAACUACUUGCGUUGAUGUACGCGAAGAUUACUGUUUCAACACCUUCAAAGAAGAUAGCUGUACCGAUCCACGCCUGGAGGUAGUAACCAAGUCUGCAUGUUGCUGUUCUAAAGGUCAAGGAUGGGGCGAUCCAUGUGAAUUAUGCCCAUCGCCAAACGCUAAUGAGAAUGAGUGUGUGGAGAAGAAAGAUGCAUGUGGCAAUGGCACUUGUACCAACACCGAGGGCUCCUAUCARUGUGUAUGCAAUCCGGGAUUCGCACCUGGACGGCAGUCACCGAAAUGUGUCGACGUGGACGAGUGCAAGGCCGACAGAAGUCUCUGCGCGUUCCGUUGUAUUAACACACCAGGRAGCUUUAGAUGUGUUUGUCCGAGAGGAUUCGAGCUUGCAGGCAACGGAAGACACUGUAAAGAUGUUAAUGAGUGCACACGUGAUCCAAAACUAUGUCCAUACUUGUGUAAAAACUUCGUUGGAGGAUACAAGUGUAUCUGCGCGCCAGGAUAUGUAGGAGACGGCAGAACGAAGUGUAUAGACAUCAAUGAGUGCCAAACUCAGCCAGGAUUGUGUCGUAAUGGCGUCUGYCGUAACAUUGGAGGAAGCUACGUGUGUGAUUGUAACGUUGGAUAUGUGCGCUCCAAGAACGGCAAGAGAUGUGAAGAUACUCGCAAAGGAUUGUGUUUUGCCUCGGUUAGCAUCAACGGAGUCUGUGAAGCUGUAACCAAACAGAUGAUGCAGAUUACAAAGGGACAAUGCUGCUGUACAGCUGGCAAGGCUUGGGGAACAAGCUGUGAGAUUUGUCCUUCCCAAGGAACAUCGGCGUUUAGAGAUCUUUGUGUUGAUCCUGGAACAGUAACGGAUAAAGUGUGUGAAAUGGUGCCUGGAUUAUGCAAGAACGGCAAGUGCAUGAACAUCAUAGGUGGCUACAGAUGCAUGUGUAACGUUGGCUUCAAGCUUUCUACCAAUGGCCGAAGAUGCGAUGAUAUUGAUGAAUGUCAACACACGCCGAAAGUGUGCCAAUUCACCUGCAGAAACACCGUCGGCUCGUAUGAAUGUAGCUGUGCGAUUGGCUAUCGCCUUGCUGACGACAAGAAAACAUGYGAAGACAUUGAUGAGUGCGUAGCAGGCACUCAUAACUGUCAGUAUCGUUGCAUCAACACACGAGGAAGCUAUAGAUGUGACUGUCCUGUUGGCUACAUGAAGAAUGGAGUCACGUGUGUGGACAAGGACGAGUGCAUGAUGACCCCGAACCUCUGUGGACAAGGAAAAUGUGUGAACACUCCUGGUAGUUACCGCUGUACAUGUAACGARGGCUUUACAUUCGACCCCAAGACAAUGACGUGCACUGACAAGGACGAGUGCAAAACCCAACAGCCUCAGUACUGUCAGUCUGGCUGCAUCAAUCUGGUCGGAAGCUUCAGAUGCAGCUGUCAGGUUGGGUUUGUUCAGGACGCAUACUGGAAUCAAUGCGUUGAUCAGAAUGAGUGCAGUAGCUAUGGACGCUGUGGGGCAGCUCGUUGUAUCAACACUCUGGGUAGCUUCUACUGUGGCUGUAAUCAAGGCUAUGUGUUGGGUCAAGGUGGACAAGCAUGUCAAGACGUAAAUGAGUGCUUAACGGGUCAGAAUCCUUGUAGCUACGGCUGUAACAACAAAAGAGGUGGAUUCAGCUGCUCGUGCCCGCAAAACUUCUACCCCAUCGGUGGAGGACACUGUUUAUCACCAUACGGAGAGGCAUGCUAUGAAUGCGCACUGGCAAAGGGCGAGACAAUUCCUACCGGAGGUGUUCCUCUGGUAGAGAGCACCGACGCGACACAAGCUCCUUCCACGCCGCCCCCGGCUGCUGAUAGCUACAGUAGACAGAGGUUGUUUGCAGACCAGGCAAGACGGAACAUAAAUCAGCCUCCUUAUCGACCUCAGAACCAGUACCAACACCCUUAUCGACAGCAGCAAACAGGUCAAUAUGGUGGAUUCCAGCAGCAGCAGCAGCAGCAGCAGCGACCGCUACAGAACCAGUACUAUAACCAACAACCGCGACAACCACAACAACAAUACCGACAACCCUAUAGACAACCCUAUAGACAACCCUAUCAACAACCUUAUCAACAACCCUAUGGUCGAACCUACCCUCAGGGUCCUAGUGGCUACUCGUACCGUUACUCGUCCUCUCAAUCCACGUACACGACUGCCGGAGGACGUCGAAAACGUUCGCUGCACCGAAUCAAAAGAAUAGGGCUCAAAUACAACAUGACAUCGGGUGACAUAAUCCUCAAGCUCGUGCCUGUGUUGAGAUCGCUUAAUGGUACGAUGGARUAUAUGAUAGAGAAAGCUAAUCGUUCGCUSUUUAAAGUUGAGCACAAUGCUGGGACCAUGAUCCUGCGAGCUAGACCUGGCCUGAAAGUUGGGCAGAUGCACAAGGUUUGGCUUAAGCCAAAAUCCUUGAAGCAACCACGAAGAACCAACUCCAACGAGAAGAAGAACGCGAAAGAAAAGCCAAGCCACACAGAGCGCGUAAAGAAAGCGGCGCGUGUCGUAGGUAUGAGAGAAGCCAUGAGAUUUUUACUUCAUCUACAAAUUGAAGUCGUUUGAAAACUGGGACAAAACGAUGGAGAAACUUUGGAUUUUUUUUAGCUAUAAGAUUGGUAAUAGAUCSGUCAGUACGCACGGCUCUUAUUAGAAUGAUAGUCUGUCAAAUGUAGCUAAAACAAAUGUUCAAAGGUCAAUGAAUUUCAUUAGAAAAUUAUUUAGUUAGAUACCGUUAUGUCCCGGCGCUAUCAAUCGAACGUGAAUUCGAACGAUCGAUUCCAUCGAAUCCAAUCGAAUCCAGUCGAAUGAUUGGAUUCGACUGCAUUCGGCAAUCAAAUGAAAUCGAAUUAAAAAAAAAAGUUGUGGCCAAUCGAACACAAUCGAACAUUCGAUUACGUUCGAUUAAAAUCGAAUACAAUCGAAUUCACCUUUUUUUAAUUCGAUAAGUCGUUUGACUACCGAAUGCAAUMGAAUACAAUCAUUGGAUUUCCGAAUCAUUCUAUUGAUUACGCCGGGCAAAGGGAAGUCGACAAAUAGGAGUUUUAUAAUUAAAAUAAUAAGCAGGAAAGUAAAAGACGUCCGAUCUCUAAGCUCCAAGCAUCAGUCCUUAUUUCAUUAAAAUUAUUUCCUCGUAAUUUACUCUAGCUCAAAUAGAUUUUCUUAGAUACACCAAACCGACAGCCGACUCGAUAUCGAUCGAAACCUAUAACAAUAGAUUACACGUCGGUAUAUAUUUCUUCGAUUUGCAGUUGUCAUAUAGAGGCUUUGCACCCUCACGUGAUGGCAGCCAUGACAGGAGGCAGGAACAAUUGAGUCUAGUCUAAUCUGAUUUACAUUAGAAAGAAUUCAGUUUCCCAGGGGAAAACGACUCUAUUGUCAUGCCUCCUGUCAUGGCUGCCAUCACGUUAUGGCGCAAAGCCUCUAUGGAUGCUUGGCAAUAAACUUAAACGAUAUAUAAAAUAGGGUGCGAGGGAUUCAUCCAGAAUUCUUUUCGAGGGCAUGAUAAACAAGAAACCGUUUAUUGGUUUUUAAUAUGAAUUGUCGCGACAGUAUAAAUUUAUAGGAUCUUAAAUAUUUGUAAAAAACAACAGUUAAGAGUAAGAACGCUCAACUCAUUUAGCCUAUUAAAUAAUUUUGAUGUAAAAUU